AUGGGAACUAUUAAAAAAUUACGGCGAAGUCUGCUGCUCUUAGCGGCUGUGUUAGCGGUACAGACGAGUGCACAGAAAAUCAAAGGAGAUGACAGUAUACAGGCGGUACCGAGUGACCUUAGGAGAGCAGUUAGCGAAGCACUAGCUUUAGAAAAGAGAUUUCUAUUAGGCGCUAGCGAUGCGCACAAUUGCACAUCAGACGAAGAUGAAUCGAGUAGGAUACCCUGCCCACCGAGCAAGUACCGCAGUGCAAGCGGGGAGUGCAACAAUGUCAGACAUAGGCCGUGGGGAAGACGAGGCGAUGUCUUCCUUAGGCUACUGCCUGCUAAUUAUGUUGAUGGUGUCUCACAACCACUUUCAACGCCAUACCUUCCGGAGCCUGCCCUCGCUGUACAUGCAGCUGCUCAGCUGACUUCAGCAUCCGACCAUGACUAUGUGACCAGCAUGCUGGCCGCCUGGGGACAGCUUAUCAUGGACGAUCUCAUCAGCACAGCCAACGGAAACAAAGACUGCUAUGGAGCGACAUGCGAAUACGUUCGAUCUGCACCCACCAGAAACAUCGACUCCUGCGGCUUUGAACGCCGAGAACAAAUGAACAUGGCCACAUCAUUCUUGGACGGAUCUUCUCUGUACGGCAACUCGGAGAAGGAGCUCCGUUCCCUGAGGCUAUAUGAUGCUGGCAAAAUUGACCUGGACUCGUGUCGCAAGUGCAAAGAUGGUUCACCCACAGCACCCUUGUACAAAACUUUGCUGUCAGAACAUAACCGUAUCGCUGGAGAACUGUACGCACUGAAUCCCUUCUGGGAUGACACUACACUGUACUUGGAGACCAGAAGAGCAGUCGCAGCUAUCAUCCAGCACAUCACUUACAAUGAAUUCUUGCCGGUUCUCUUGGGAGAGGUUGGCAUGGCAAAAGCAGAGCUGAAGUUGACAUCUCUUGGCUUUUGGCGCGGAUACUCGAGCGCAAACCGCGCUGGUGUCUACUCUGAACUGGUCGCCGUUGCGCCCAUCUUCCAGGCUAUGAUGAACCAGAAACUGAUCAACACCACAACUACCUUAGAACACCUAGUUCGCACCAGCGCUCAGCACGUGUCCCACUUUCCACCAUCAGCUCAAUGGGACCUCAAUAGAGCCCGUGACCACGGAGUCUCUUCAUACCUUCGAGCUCUACGCAUGUGUGAACCUAUGGCCACCAUCAAGUCCUUCGGAGACUUCAGCAAGAUGGGCUUCGAUAGAACACAGCAGGAAAUGAUGGCUGAUAUGUACAAAAAUCCUGAAGAUGUAGAGCUAAUGAUUGGAGGUGCUAUGGAGAAACCAGCAUCUGGUGCUGUAGUAGGAUCCACCAUUGCUUGUGUCUUAGCUCUGCAAUUCGCCAACUUGAAGAAGAGUGACAGAUUCUGGUAUGAAAACGACUUACCGCCAUCAUCACUGUCACCUGAUCAACUUGGAGCCAUUAGGAAAGUGUCUCUCGCCGGAACCCUCUGCGCUGCCCAAGAUUAUCUGUCUACCAUUCAACCAAAAGCUUUCGUGAGAGAGGAUCCUUACCUUAACGCAGCCCAACACUGCUCACAACACAACCGUCUGGAACUAUCUGCGUGGAGAGAUGAGAGCGGAGCCAAGGCUGCGGAAAGAUUAUCACAAGACAUGCUCGCUACUGCUUUAGAGAAGGCUAAGCAAGAGAUGGCUGAUAGGAAGAAACUUGAAUACAUGUUGUGGGAAGCACGUGGAGGAGCCGACCCCAAAUCUCCAGUUGGUACAGCAGCUUCCUUCUCCAAGGCUAACAAAUAUGCUCUCAAACUGGCCAACACUUCACUGUUCCUUGAGUUCGCUACUAACGAACUUAUAAACACUAUUGGCACCAACCACCGUCGCAAACGUCAAGUCUUCGAUGACUCCCUUGGUUUCGGUACCACAGACUUCGUAGACUCAUUACAAUCGGUAGACAUCAGCGGUUUCCUUGGCAAUGACCAGUCCGGACCCAUCAUUGAACCACAGUGCGAUGACAAAGGUUCAUGCGAAGCAGACAAUCCUUUCAGAACAUACACUGGGUAUUGUAACAACUUGAGGAACCCUAACUUGGGUAAAGGAUUGACAACGUUCGCCAGGUUGCUGCCACCUGUUUAUGAAGAUGGUGUAAGUCGUCCCCGCAUCAACUCGGUAACAGGCACGCCCCUGCCGUCCCCUCGCGUAGUGUCGACAGUGAUCCACCCUGACAUCUCCAACCUGCACACUCGAUACACACUCAUGACUAUGCAGUUCGCUCAGUUCCUCGAUCACGAACUUACUAUGACGCCCAUCCACAAAGGUUUCCACGAAUCUAUCCCCGACUGUCGUUCCUGUGACUCCCCCCGCACGGUGCACCCCGAGUGCAAUCCGUUCCCCGUCCCACGCGGCGACCACUACUACCCUGAAGUGAACGUUACGUCUGGAGAGAGGCUCUGCUUCCCCUUCAUGAGGAGUUUGCCUGGUCAACAACAACUUGGUCCUCGUGAACAAGUGAACCAAAACACAGCCUUCAUCGACGCCUCAGUAAUCUACGGUGAGAACCCUUGCAUCGUCCGCAAACUGCGCGGUUUCAACGGAAGACUGAACGCUACCACCAACCCUGCCAAUGGAAGAGAACUGCUGCCCAGAAGUGACAACCAUCCUGAGUGCAAAGCCCCUAGCGGAUUCUGCUUUAUUGCUGGUGACGGACGAGCAUCAGAGCAGCCAGGUUUGACAGCGAUCCACACGAUCUUCCUCCGCGAACACAACCGUAUCGUGGAAGGUCUCCGCGGCGUCAACCCGCACUGGGACGCCGACCAACUGUUCGAACACACGCGACGUAUCGUCGCCGCCACCUUCACGCACGUCAUCUACAACGAGUUCCUGCCCAGAUUGCUCUCGUGGAACGCUGUUAAUUUGUACGGCCUUAAAUUGUUGCCUUCAGGCUACUACAAAGAAUACUCCCCGACCUGCAACCCAGCUAUAGUGACAGAAUUCGCAACAGCUGCAUUCCGUUUCGGUCACUCACUGUUACGUCCUCACCUUCCUCGACUGUCGCCAAGCUUCCAACCUGUGGAGCCACCGAUCUUACUCCGAGAUGGCUUCUUCAGGCCUGAUAUGUUCAUGUCUCACCCACCAAUGGUAGACGAGCUGAUGCGAGGUCUUGCCUCCACUCCCAUGGAAACCCUCGACCAGUUCAUCACUGGUGAAGUCACCAACCAUCUGUUUGAGGACCGUCGUAUUCCCUUCUCUGGCGUCGAUCUGAUUGCCCUCAACAUCCAAAGAUCAAGAGACCACGGUAUUCCGAGCUACAACAACUACAGAGCGCUUUGUAACUUGAAGAGAGCGACUACCUUCGAAGAUUUGGCUAGAGAAAUCCCCGAUGAAGUUAUUGCUAGAUUCAAGCGCAUCUACGCGACUGUGGAUGACAUCGAUCUAUUCCCUGGUGGUAUGAGCGAAAGACCCCUACAAGGAGGUCUGGUUGGACCUACCUUCGCCUGCAUCAUUGCCAUUCAGUUCAGACAGCUUAGGAAGUGCGAUAGAUAUUGGUAUGAGAACGACAACCCGGCAGCUCGUUUCACGGAACAGCAGUUGGCAGAAAUUAGGAAGACCACGAUGUCCAAACUUAUGUGUGACAACUUCGACCAUCCCGGAGACAUACAGAGGGCUGCCUUCGACCUACCGAGCAACUUCUUGAACCCUCGUGUAUCCUGUGCAUCAUUACCGCAACUGGACCUGUCAGCGUGGCGCGAGAGCUCUGCACAGGGCUGUCUCAUCGCGGGCAGAUCUGUCGCCGUCGGAGAGUCUGCCUUCCCAUCUCCUUGCACGUCGUGCAUAUGUACUGUGGAAGGGGCUCAAUGCGCAUCUCUACGUAUAACAGACUGUGCUCAAUUACACCGCGAGUGGCCGCGUGAGGCUGUACAACGGGACGAUGUAUGUACCGCGCAGUGCGGGGCCAGCUCUACUGCGCAUGCACCGCGCCCCGCCAGACGACCCCAUCUCAACUUCAACUUCCCUGACCUUUCACCAUUCGUCGCCAAGUGA